GCCUAACAGAAUUACUAAAUGAACAUACCUAAUUUACAAAAUGAGUAUUCAAAAAUUCAACUCUUUUCUUACAAGUGUCAUGAAUUUUCAAAACAUUCUACAGAUAGUCGGCGAAAGAAAUUAGCUACGGGAGAUUCAACUCUUCUUCUACAAAGUGCAGCAAACGGUGCCGGUUUCCUUCUGUCAGCUCAAAUUAAAUCUAUAGCGACAGUGAUGGAGGCCAAAAUUUUAACCAGUGACCUCCUUUCUCCCGGAUACAAUAGCAGGUUUCUCGAACGGCUGACCAGCAAAAUCUUAGACUGAACGAUUUCCGGAAGCAGCAACACAAAUCUUCGACACCAAGAGCCAGUAUUCUCUUCGCACAAGCACACGAAUAUCGGCGCCAACCAUUGAUCAAUUAGUCGCACGCUCAAUCAAUCAUCUCAUAGCCUUCGGGUGUUUGUACAGCUACCAAGCCCUGAAGGUAAUCUGCUCCGGCGAAGACUGCAUCAACAGUGGUCGCUAUCAUCUUUUCCGUCAUCACUUUGGCUUAUGACGGCACUAAACUCCGAGGAUAACAGCAAGACCGCAGAUGCCCCUCCUUGCAAUUUCUCUCCGCCUUUCAAACAGAACUCUGGUCAGCGGGAAUUCGAGUUCAGCACUACCGACGACAACAUCAUCUUCUCUGCACCAGCGGCGAAAGAGAGAUGAUAUGUCGGCAAGGAAGGAUACAGACCCAGUAAGAAUUUCAUUAAAGUCAUUUAAAGAAGAAAUAAUUGCAAAAAAACUGGGUGUACAUGUACACCCGGGUGUACCAUAUAAAUUGCGAACAUUAGGUUGGAUACAAAGAAUGUUUUCUAAUAAUAACAAAAGGACGUAUUGGUCAAUAAAAAUUAUUUAUUUAAUUAUUUAUUAAUAUUUUAAGUAAAUAUGAAGAAUUUUAAUUUUAUUUUGUGGAAAAAAACUCAUUAGAUCAUAUAUUAAGAAAGUCGUGGUGUUUUAAUCAUAACUAGGAUAAUUAUCUCAUAUUGAUAUAUGCCUGGUAAACGGGAACUUAAUCCCCUCAUUACCUCUCAAGUCCCCUAACCCCAGUCAACCAAUCCCAUUGGCCAUUGUUUCAAUAAUUAUACAUGUCUAGCUCUAUAAUAUUCUACAAUACACAUAACUUAUCUCCAUUACCAUCUUUUGAUAGCCUAACAAAAUGAACAGAUAUACACAAAAUAGUGUAUUUUAUCCAUUUAAGAAAAUUGGUGUAAUCAGUACAUAAACAAUCAUAUAAAAUGGAUGAGAAGGCAUUUAUACACCGACUUACGGCCUGUUUGGAUUGAGUGUUGAAGAGUGUUAGUAAUGGAAGUGUUAGUAAGUGUUGAUACUAACACUUAUUAGGGAGAAAAAUUAAGAGGUGUUAAGAAGUGUUAGUAAAGGUUAAUUAGGAAGUGUUAAUAAUAACCUUCCCAACACCUCAAUUGUCCACUUUUUUAACACUUCGAUUUGGAGUGCUUUGAGGUGUUGGACAAUUGUUACCCUUCUCAUUUAAUCUAAAAACAUAAAAUGCUUCGUGUCUCACUUCGAAUCUCUUUACCGCAAGUAUGGUGAUAUGUCUUUUUCAUCUUUUCUUCUUACUCGUUUCUUUUGCCUCAAGGUAAAAUUAUUAACACUUCCACUAUUAACACUUCAUUCUUUUGACUCUCCCAAACAAGAUAAAAUUAUGUCUAACACUUACACUUCCCUUCCCUUCUGGUCCCUUACUAACACUUACUAACACUUCCAUUACUAACACUUCCAAACACUCCAUCCAAACAGGCCCUUACACAAUUUGUACGCAUCGAGGUCGGCUGGGUUGUAUUACCCGCCUGGUAUUCCGAACCAAGCGGUACUUCAACAGGAGCGUUACAGCUCCCCGUUGUUUCGAAUCAGCGCCCCUAACCCCGGUUUCUCGCAAGGCAGGUCUCAUACUCUCAUCCGCGCCCUAACCACAUCGGUCUACCUCCGAUAGGUUCCCUCUUCAAGCGCCAACUGUUCAGCAUGGAGAGUAAUGGAAAAGGUGUAUCUAUUGAUGGUGUACCUCUUCCAUAUGCAUCCGGUGAAAUUAAUUUUGGUGAACCUGGGACAAAUGGAUCGACAACACGGCUUUUACCAACUAAUCCACCAGGGCCGUGUUGUUCCCGGCGAUUUCAUUGAUGCUAUCAAGAGUCAGUAACAUGUAUACUUCAAAGACUCAAGAACAGAUGGAAAAGGAGAAUGUUCUGCCUCAUCUCGUGUCUCACAAGGUGAUUUUACCUGAAGUAUUUCACACUUUCAAGUUGAAUAACCAUAUUAGCAAAGAUGCAUGAGUUUAUCUUACUGUACCUUUGUUUUUUCAGACAUUUUUAAGUAACAGACCUUCACUAAGCUUACUAGCUAUUUCCAUCACUUUCAAUGUUUCUUAGGACAUGUUUACUUCACCGGUUAUUAAACGGUGCUUAUUAAAACCCGUGUUAAUAAGCGGCGCAUGAAAUAAACAAUGUUGUAAGACCGUGUUUAUUUCAAACGGUUUAAAACACCGCUUAACAUUAAAAUGUCCAAAAUAACCCUAUACAUAUAUAUACACACACAAACAUUCAUGAACACAAGUAUAUAAUAUAAUAUGUGUACCCAUACCCCUAACCCCUUACCCACCCUACCUUACCCCUUACCCACCCACCGCCACCCCUACCCCCUACCCCUACCCUACCUACCUGACCCCAGCCUACCUACCCGACCCCACCCUAACCUGUCCCCACCCUACCGCAACCCUACCCCCGACACCAUAGGCCCCUACCCCCAUAGGCCCUUACCACAUCGACCCCACCCCGACCCCACCUUACCCUACCUUACCCCAACCCUGCCCCUACCCCUACCCCACCACACCUACCCUGCCCCUAGCGCCUCUACAACAUCGGCCCCACCCUGACCCCACCACCCUAGGUAUAGUGGGGUAAGGGGUAUAGGGUGGGGUGGGGUAGGUGGGGUGAUUGAGGUCAG